AUGAAAGCUGCCACAAGAGCGUUACUCGUCUUCGCCCUUGUAUUGAACUGGAAAGGCCUAAAUUGUUUCCCAGAUAAGCGUUCGGUGGACGUGGAAUGCCGAUUCCUCAAGGGAAAGUACGGUGACCGGUUAGGACUUUCUAUGGAGAAACUCAAAGGAGGGGGGUCCUUUAGAGGCAAACUUUUGGGCGAAAGCUCCUACAACUAUCAAAGAGGUGGUGGUUAUGGACCCAAUCCCCGUUCUCAGUUGGAUUAUGAUGACUUGGAUACAGCUGUGAGUGAUGCUCAUGGCUCUUCACAUUCAAGAUUCACCCCAUACAGUCGUGGAGCAAGGCGGCGAGAUAAUAAACCUGGACGUUUGGGAAGAAAACAUAAGAUACACUCUUCCGAUGCCACUCGCCCUAACAGAGCAGAGGCUAGCGAUGGCCGAGGGUCGUGGCACAAAAUAACGGUUCCUCAUGGAGAAAAAUAUGAGAGAGACUGGUUGAUUAGCGUGUUGCAAAAUGCCUGCAGUCUACCAUUUAUUCCAAUUCAGUAUCAUUGCCAUCAUUCCCACGCUCACUUUUAUGUGGAUGAUGCUGCCGUUGCCAAAGCUUUGAAAGAUAUCUCCAGGACAUGCACGGACAGAGAGAAUUUUAAGAUUACGGUCUUGACGCACCCGUGUCUACGUCCUGUUGCCAAGCAGUUUCGUGUUUUUAUGAAAGAUGAAGAAAUAAGACAUUUUAAGAACUGCAUGCAGAAGAGAUAUGAUGGUGCCACCGUGGCACUGGAUAUGAAAUCUUUGAGAAGUGACCCAGACUUGGUUGCAAACAAAGUAGAUCUGGUUCUGAACAGAAGGCGCUGUAUGCAAGCAAUGCUGCAGAUUAUAGAGGAAAAUGUACCAGAGUUGUUGUCAUUGGAUAUCAGCAACAAUACAAUCUACAAACUGGAUUACAUGGCAGAAAUUCAUAACAAAGCACCUAACUUAAAGAUCCUGCGCUUGUCCAACAACAUGUUGAAGACUGAGCGGGAGCUGGAUGUAAUCAAGGGAUUGAAGCUUGAGGAACUUUGGCUUGAUGGAAACCCACUUUGUGGCAACUUCUAUGAUGAGGCAGUCUACAUCAGAGCUGUGCGUCAACGCUUUCCCAAACUAAUGCGCCUGGAUGGUCUUGAACUUCCACCACCAAUCAUAUUUGAGGAUGAAACUCUCACACUCCCUACAAGCAAGGGGAGUUUCUUGAACAGCGAUGAAUUGAAAGUUUUCAUUCUACAAUUUCUACAGCAAUAUUAUGCCUGUUAUGACGGAGAAGAUAGACAGAGCCUGCUGAAGUUUCUCCAUGAUGAAGUGUGCUGCUCCAUCAGCAUUCCCUGGCUUCAAGGGCAAAACCCCAUCACGAGCAGGCUUGAGCCAUAUUUGCAGGGAAGUCGAAAUAUUAAGAAACUCAAAGAUCCAUCUGUCUGUAGUAAACUAAUUAAACACAAGCGCCCGAAUGUUGUUGGCUUCCUGAACGAGCUCCCAAGGACCCAACAUGACCUCCACUCAUUUGUAGUGGAUAUUGUUUCCCAGUCGAACACACUGCUUUGCUUCACUGUCAAUGGAAUUUUUAAAAUGUAUGGCCAGUCAAGUGACACCGUGCUUGCGUUCUCUCGUGUCUUUGUAGCUGUGCCCGGCCAUGAUGGAGGGCUCCUGCUGGUCAAUGAUGAACAAUUCAUAAGGAAUGCCACCACCGAAGAGAGCCACAGAGCAUUUGCUGCUCCAGCUCCCACACCUUCCAGUAGUGCUGUAUCUGCCCAACCACCUGUACCUCAGGACAUGCUUCAAGCUUUUAUUCAGUUCUCGGGCAUGAAUGCAGAGUGGUCUCAAAAGUGUCUUCAGGAAAAUGCUUGGGAUUUUGAGCGGGCAGCCCAGAUUUUUAUGAAAUUUAAGGCAGAGGGAGUGAUUCCAGAUGUUGCAUUCAUCAAGUAACAUCAUUCAUCAU